AUGAAGGAAUCAAAACAAGGACAAACACCUAUUGAAGAUUUACAAGAACUCCGUAACUACUUCGCGAGUCAUAAUGUUGUGCGCGAAUAUAUAGCUCAUACCUCAAAAGUUCACUCAGUCGGCUGGUCUUGUGAUGGUAGACGUCUUGCUUCGGGUUCCUUUGACAAAACAGUGGUCAUAUUCAAUUUGGAGAGAAAUAGACUUGUCCAAGACUUUGUGUUCCGUGGCCAUACGGGAUCUGUUGAUCAAUUAUGUUGGCAUGCAUCUCAUCCUGAUCUACUUAGCACAGCAAGCGGCGAUAAAUCAGUGAGAAUAUGGGAUGCAAGAUCACAUAAGUGUGCAGCUGCAAUAUCAACAAAAGGUGAAAAUAUAAAUAUAGCAUGGUCUCCCAAUGGAUCCACCAUAGCAGUGGGAAACAAAGAAGAUCUAGUCUCAUUUAUUGAUGCAAGGAAUUAUAAAGUUGUAACUGAAGAGCAAUUCAACUUUGAAGUGAACGAGAUAUCUUGGAAUAGCACUUCAGACCUUUUCUUCUUAACAAAUGGAUUGGGAUGUGUUCAUAUACUAACAUAUCCAUCACUUGAGUUGCAAACAGUUCUAAAAGCACAUCCAGGGACUUGUAUAUGCAUAGAGCAUGAACCGACAGGACGGUACUUUGCGACGGGCUCAGCUGAUGCUCUAGUUUCAUUGUGGGAUGUCAAUGAACUGGCAUGUCUGCGAGUGUUCUCUAGAUUGGAAUGGCCUGUGAGAACAUUAUCGUUCAGUUUUGACGGAAGAUUGUUAGCUUCAGCGAGUGAGGACCACAUCAUUGAUAUUGGAGAUACAGAAACAGGUGAAAAAGUGGCUGAAAUACCUGUGCAGGCGGCUACGUUCACAGUGGCUUGGCAUCCAUCGCGGUACUUGAUAGCGUUCGCCUGCGAAGACAAAGAGCCCCCGGAACGAAAGCGCGACGCUGGCAACCUCAAACUCUGGGGCCUCAGUAGUAGCUAG